AGCAAUGACGUGGAUAUAGGUUAGAUUUCAUACAAGACUCAUCGUAACAAAAUAUUACUAAAAAUCUGUUACUGGCAAUAGUUCACAAAAGAAGACCAUCAAAUUCAACUCUCAACGAUGUUUGAAAUCACGGACACACAAAAAAUUGGAGUUGGGCUUGCAGGAUUUGGAAUAUCGUUUUUAUUCCUUGGAAUUUUGUUAUUCUUUGAUAAAGGUUUACUCGCAAUAGGAAAUCUUCUUUUUAUUUCUGGUCUGGCUUGCGUUAUUGGACCACGACGGACUUUAAGUUUCUUUUUUCAAUGGCAUAAAAUCAAAGCCAGUGCAUCAUUUUUAGGAGGUGUUCUUGUCGUUCUGAUGGGUUGGCCUAUCGUCGGAAUGAUUAUAGAAACUUAUGGCUUUAUACUAUUAUUCAGUGGAUUUCUACCAGUAGCAAUAAGUUUUUUGAGAAGGAUUCCUAUACUAGGAACUAUACUGAAUAUGCCAGGUCUUAGUCGAAUUUUAAAUAAGAUAGCUGGUGAUACGAACAGAACAACGGUAUGACCUGCUUAAAAUUUUCAUAUUUCAUGUAUAUAAAAAUAAUUGUCACGUUGUACCCCAACUUGUCAUUCCUUCUAUGGACUUUUUCAAACUCUGUACAAAAAUAUAAAAGGGUUUGAUCUCUUUUGUAUUAUUUAAGUAUUAAAUAUAAGAUCAAUUGUACUAUAUUUGCUUUUUUUUAAUGUUAAAACGAUAAGAUAACAUACAAUCAGUGUUAUAUACUUUAUUGAUUUGUGCAUUGUUCUCAAUAGAUUACUUUAUUACGCAAAGUAAUAUUUGUUUAAUUACAAUGGAAAAAAAAAAAAAAAUUAUACAUACAUCCAUUUAUAAUAAACGCAUUAUUCUACUAAAAGUAAAAAAGUAAGAGAAAACGAUGAUUAAAUUUUGUAUCAUUUUUAUUGAUUUGCUGCUUUUCCUGCAUGCAUCUUAACAUGAACAGAUCAGAUACAUACAUUUUGAAUAACGCGUCUCAUUAUCUUACACAUAGUCGACUGGAGUGUGAAAUUAAAUUAAUGUCCUUCCCUACUUUGGUGGACUCUCGCUGAUACCGUUAAAAUGAUAUUUUAUUAAUUACGAAUAAUUAAUUAUCUACAACGGGCCGAGAAUAAGGGCGGGGGGCGGCCCAGGUCUACGCGCCCCGCCAUCGCCGUUAGUAUUAUUUCGUCGCGCGUCCCUCUCGCUCAAUUGUACAUGCUGUUUCUUUUUUUUUUUUUUUCUACAAAUAACCUUCAAUAUUUACGUCAAAGUCAAAUAGACCGAUUAAUUACCUUUCCAAUAUUAUUAGCUU